AUGCGGCAAAGCCACGGGCUAAAAAAAUCGCCAGUUUACACGCGCGGACCCUCAGUGGACGCGCGAAAUACAGCGCUCGCGCUUUUGCGCUAUCCCGCGCGGGAAACUUGUCGCUUCGACUGGCGCGUGUGCUAUAAACGCCACGCGCGCGCACACGCCAACCAUUCGGAAAGUUCAGUCGCUCCGUGUGUCGCUUCGCCUCUGCCUUCCCUCGUCCCGCCGCUCUGCCUCCCACGCCGCCGCUCCGUCGCCGACGACAGGAUGCCUCCCCGCCGCCGCUCCGCCUCUGGCAACCGUGUUGUUCGCGCGCGGCCAAGUGGCCGCUUCGACGCCGAGAUUCGCUCCGAAGAGGAGCGCAUCCACCUGGGCACCUUCGACACGGCGCACGAGGCGGCGCGCGCCUACGAAGCCGUCGCCUAG